GUGUAAAUUGAAAGUAGGAUAUCUUGAUACAUGUAUUAUAAACUCUAAUAAUCUGCCUACAUACUCACCUAUAGCUAUCUUACCUAAACACUACCGCCAAAGAAAAAAACUGUUACAAACGACAACCUACCACCAAAAAAAAAAAAAAAAAAGAAGAAGGAAACAGCUUCAAUCCGAAGUUUUAGCCCAUUCGACCUCCUACUAACCCCGGCCACAGCUUCGACAGUCAUCUGCAGCCGAUUCUCUACUCAAAUUUUAUGAAACGAGUUUAACUUGCAAGAUCCUCUAUCACACUAAUUCUCCGAACACACACCCUCGACUCUCAACCAAGAUAUCCUCAAGAUCGUCCAACCGAUUUCUGCAAGCUCUUCUCCCCCUCUCUCUCGCUUUACGGAUCGCUCGGCCGACACAUCUCUUUUGGCCACUCCAGUCUUUAAACGAAGGAAAGCUCAUCGUCCCAGCCCUUGUGACCCACAAUCCGCGAGGAACCAUAUUUUCACUUGCAAGAUCUUUUACUGCAAACAGUCCCCUCGAGCUUUCCAUCUGCAUACAUUCAACCCGGUACAAUCGUCAAAGUUUUUCCUCCAAAGAAAAAAAAAAAACUAACGGCACCCGCUCGCCCAGCCCAGCUCAGCAUCGUCAGUUACCAUUACAAUCUCUCCUUUGACUUUCAUUCAUCCUCCCCUUCCCCUUCCCCCUCUCCCCGGAUCUCUUGUUUCAUUCAUCUCUGAGAUUCUGUCCCACGUUCCUUUUGGGAGAUCUAUAUCCUUGUUUUUUUUUUCCGGCUUCUAUCUGCCUUCCUUGUCUCUGCGCUCGCUCCUGUUCUUCCCUCUCCCGCGAGAAGAAUGUUUCUCAUUGAUACAUAUCAUAUAUAUAUUCUUUGACGCUGCUUGAUACUAGCGAGAGGAACAUUGAGAAUCCUUAUAAAUAUUAUGCAGUCGGCACUACUUCCGCGAGUACAACCACUUCACUUCUAACUGCACUCUUUGAUUGGUUCCGGCGUUCCUGCAUCCUCUGUUACAAAUAUCCUUUAAAUUCUUUGUCCCACUCCUCUGGCUGCUGCAAGCCUCUCCGGAACUACAACACCCAUUGAGUUCUUGAUAAUAAUUUAUCUAUCCUUAGGAAGAAAAACAAAAACCAAGAGAAAAAAAAAACAAAACAAGUAAAUGCGUUGCAUCUGAUCUACCCACAUCCAAGAAUUGAAUCCAAAGAUCGUCGUCGGCUUCCUCCCCUCCCCAACUACACUACAUACCUCUCAUCAACCAACUGCACCUUUCUUCUUCUUCUUCUUCUUCUUCUAUUGAAUAUAAGAAGAGAGUCUUGUAACCGAUUAAUAACCAUCAACCAUACACCACCACCAGCGAUCUCUUUUUUAAGUUUGAUCUCUCCUGAAUUCUCAGCUCACCUCCUCUGCGACACCAUCAGAGUCCCCCUAAAAUUAAGGCUCUCUUUCCUUUCGAUCGGUUUGGCUCUCAUUGCGGAACUACAUCGUCCACCUCACUCACCCUGAUCCUUUAUCUUCCUUCAACUCAAUCGAUUCAAUUGACCCCCACAUACCAAUCCACCCUGUUUUUUUUUUGUCUCUCUCUCUCUCUCUCUCUCUCCUGUUUUUUUUUUGCCCGUCUUUCCCCGGUGUUGUUGGUAUUUUUGUUGCUUCUUCCGUUGAGCGUUGUACGGAUUCCUUUUUAGAGUUUGAGUCUCUAGCCUGAUUACUGGGGGUGGAGAUUAUUGUUCUACCUCCCUUUCUUGCCUUGCCUUGCCUUGCUUCCUCUCUUGGAUCCCUAUUCUCCAUUCGAGAAACUGUGGCCAAGGGUAAUUGUUGACGUGCUUCUGGGUGGUUUGAUAGUAUAUUAGACUACGGUCCCAUCAAAAUUAAAUUGCAGAUAUACCUUCUUCCAUCGGCCCGACGAUCCUUUGCGUCUUCGAUCACCCACUCCAUCGAAUUCCGUCACUCGGUUGGCUCCGGUUCCACCUCCGCGGCCUGGCCCCCCCCUCGGCACGGCUCGAUAACGCAAACCAACCUUCCUUCGGUUCUUUGGUCUUCUCAUUAUUCUAUUCCCCCAUUUAAAUCUAAUAUCCCCAUCCAUCCAUCCGACCUCCGCCUCCUUCUUCCUGCCCUGCUGCUCCCGUCUUCUCUCCUCUCCAUUCCUCUCCGACCGCAAGAUGGUCUCCUACUCCAGCUUAGAUACUACCUCCUACUUCAACCAAUCUUCUGACUUCCGUCCUCCCUCCGCCCCUACUACCAAUACGCCUGAUUCGAUGAGCCUCCAGCCACGCCCGAGCACCCAUGCUAGUGCUGGUGAGACCCAACAACAUUUCAAGGACAUCUUCAAUAACCAUAUCGGCCUCACCGUCGCCGAUUUAUUCCAACACGCCACCUGCCAUCAACCUCUGGAUCUCUCUUGCCAUCCUCCCAAUCAUCCAUCAAUCAUCCAAGCUUCCUCUGACCAGCGCUCCCUGAUUUUGGCCCUCCAGAAUCAACAGACUCGCUCCUCCCCGCUCACCAACCAAGACGAACCUUCUCCUCCAAGUAACAACCAAAAGAAUCUAACCAUCAACACCUCCUUGGGCUUUGAAACACCUCAUCAGUCAACCCCAGCUCAUCCUCAGAGCUCAAACCAUCUAGGCCAAUUAACGCCCGUCGAGCCACGUCCCCCUCAACAUUCCAACGGCCUCGCCGCGUCUAAUGACCGGCCUUCCUUAACCCCACCUGCUCCUGGGGCCAGCAGCCUUUUCUCCUCCAACUGCGCCUCCAUUUCACCCCACUCAAACCACCAUAACAAUUCUUCGCACGAGGAGCAAGGCUUGAGCUCCGCCCCCGGCUCAUCGCUGCCUAGGUCGCCGCAGACAGACUCUUCAAUCUCCUCGCGUCAUACGGAGCAUUCGGACCACAUAACCACACCCAAUGGUGAGGUGGCCUUCAGCUCUUCGACGGCACAACAGCCGACUGCAGUCCUUAGCCGUCAGGUCGCAUCCGGUCCGCGUGGCGGACAAGCGCGUGGCAGCUUCGAGUCAGCAUUUGCUUCAAGACCUAAUGGCUCCAACAACAAUUUCAACUUUUCAUCUGCUCAGAGCCACCCUUUCCAAGCGUUCAGCGACUUCAAUCACGCUGCCCAUCAUUCCCAGGGAGCACUAGGUUUGGUCCCCAAGUUGGAGUCCAACACAUCCAACUCCAGCCCCACCGAGUUCGGCCAGAAGAUAUUCACCGAUACCCGUCGUACCUCCACCAAUCCGGGCUCACCUCAGCUGACCAGUGUCGAAUCAGCACCCACCUCGGCUGCGGCACCACCGAUGUGGGCCCAGAGCGCCAACAUCAGCUAUCCUGUCUCCGGUGAGGCUUAUAACCACAGCCAGCCAUGCCAGAUCUUCUUUACAUCCCAGUCGAUCAUCCCGCCCGCUCAAUCGCUACCCACCACCGAUCACGGCAACUCCGCGACGAACACUGACCAUAGCAAAUCGGCCGAACCUAGCCCGUUUGCGCUUAACCAUCCUGGCACUUCGCCCAGCACGGCUGGCUGGAGUGCCGAUGAGCUGAAUGAGAAUCAGCCGUCCUCGGCCGCUGUACCUGGAAAUCCACCGGUUGCAGAUAACCACCAGCUCUUUAGCUUCCCACCAUCCCAUCUGUCCACCCAAGCUUUCGCGCCAUCAUCGGUAUCUGUGGAUCAUUCGUUCAAGUUCGGCGAGCGUGCCGGUGUCUCUAACUCCAACAGCCUUGGCUUGCUGCCCCCCUACACCCAGCCACGCGCCUCGUACAUGGAGAAAAUCCCAGAAAACUUGGUCGUCCUCGGCGAGCCUGGGAGUGCCGGGCUCAGCAAACUCACUUCGCAUCCAUCCGAAGAAACUGGACAUAACGCGGUCGAAAAACGCUAUCGCAACAACAUCAACAGUCAUAUAGCUGCCCUGGCCGAUCUUGUACCUGCCCUUCAACACCUCCGCUCUUUGCCUUCUGCAGCAACAUCGAGACGUCACUCGAGCCAGUUCAUCGUUUCAACUAGUGCGAUCGGCAAGAUACCCGUUGGCUUGGUUGAUGGUGUCAAGGCAGCGACCAAAUUGAGCAAAGGGAACAUCCUUAGCAAAAGUGUAGAUUAUAUGCGACACUUGCUUAGGGUCAGGGAAGAGUUGAAGGAAGACAUUGAAGACUUGAAACAUGUGAUCAUGAGUCGCGUCAAAGGCGGUGAUGAGUUGAUUUGUCAAUGGGAAAAGCAUGUCAAGUCCAAGUCCCCCGAACGGCAGCGUCAACGAAUGCUUGAACAAAGCCAGGGCGAGGACGAUGGUGAUGAAGAUGAUGAGAUGCAUGAUUCUAACAACAAGAAGACAAACGGGGCGCAUCAUGGGAACAAUGGGCCAAAUCCAAGCAAGAAAAGGAAGCUCACUGAUCUCAAGAUCGGCGACACUACCAAGCUCAAGGGCGGUAAAAUGUACGGGAAAGUGAUGCGAAAAAAUACCCAUUCCUGCGACUUCCGUCACCAGCAUCUUGGUCCUGCCAAUCCGGAAUCGAUGAUCUUGGCCUCCGAACCGCUCCCGCCCUCCUCAAAUCCUGGCUCAUUUGCACCUAAUUCUGCGAACGGAAGACAAGAGCCAUUGAACAGAAUGAAUCACGAUUUGGUAGAUGAACUUGAUGUCCUCCGCGAGCCACCCUCGAACUACCACCACCAAUUCAUCACUCCUAAUGUCCAAUGCCAUGACUAUAGCCACUUGCAAUCCUCUGGCUUUUCCUCAGAUUUCAUGGGUCAUCCUUUCGCCCCCGUGCCCCCUCCCGAGCCUCGUUCACAACAAGCUACAGGUCAUCCAACUCGCCCACUACUUGCGGUCUUCAUGGGUCUUUCUUUCGCCCUGGGCUCUGGGUACAAUUAUCAUCAAACCCGCAGAAGGUAUUCCGACGGCCAAGAAACCUGGGAGUCGCCCGCGCAAUCCCAUUUCCCCGAGGCUUGCACACCUCCAAGCAUACCAUCAUCAUUUCCUCAAGGCUUCAAACCUCACCGGAAUGCCAUCCCUGGACGCGGUCAACGACUCUUGAACGCCACACAAACCACCCAGAUCCCCCAUACUUCAUUUUCACAGGCAGGCUUGAAUGCGAUGUCAAUCGCCUCGAUCAUUUGGACUCUGAUGUUCAUCUUCAAGCCCGAAUUUGUCAUGAAUUUCUUCACUCCUGGUCGACUCAGACAGGCCAAGCGACGCUCGAAAGCCAAGCGCCCCGUUCUCAUUCCAGGUGUUGGUAAUGGCUCAGACGACGAGGAUGAGAGUGACGAGGCGGGAUCAGAUGGAAAUCACUCCUUCAUUCCGAUCGAUUCAUCAUCUCUAUUUCGUGGUGGAGAUGAUGAUGAGAAGGUAUUGGUGGGCAGCUCUCGGAAACCAGGAAGGCUGCAAUAUCACCGACUCUGUGUGAUGACGAGUAGCCCCAAUAACUGGGGAAGCCUUCUCCUGGAGUUAUCUAAGGAAUCCGCACGUACAGCCGGCAUUCUCGUCUGGGGUGAGGUGAUCGAAAAGAUGGCCGACCUCGAUCGUAACAAUCACCAGGAGGGAAAACGCGCGCGGAUCAGGAAGAUCAAGACGGUCUUGGCCUGGAUGAGAAUUGCGGAGAUCGAAAGCUCUUGGGCUUUCGGUUGGUCUUCAUUUUUGAAGCGACUCCAUACGGUCCUCAAAUUACAUAACUUGAACCGAACGCUAGACUGGCGGGAUCGAGUGACGCGAGAAGAGCUUGAUCGCGGCAAGAUUUCGGGAGUCUUAGCGCUAUCGUUGAAGACUCUAUUCGGCGAAUCGAAUCGGCUGAGUCCCAUGCUAUGGCACAAGGCAGUUGCGGCUCACAAGAGAGACCGACUGGCAAUCAAGAGCGCCAAAGGUACCGAGUCGAUCCUACCGGCGAGUAACUAUCGGCCGAGCGCCCAGCGUGUCGCUGAGGAAAGUUGGCUGAACGAGGCCUUGAGUCUGGAAUACGAGCAGGCUUGUGAACUCCUGGCCGAAAAAGGCGAGAACUACAGACUCAUGUCAGCCGUCGUAGGCGACUUCGGUGGAAGUCGAGGAUGGUCCCCCUUGAAGCAAAUCGUCGAGAGUAGGGCCGAGCUAGAGCUAAUCGAAAUCUGGUCCCGGAUCUUUGUGUCAAUGAUCACAAAGACCUGUCCGGUAGAGAAAACCCCUCGGGAUGGGCGAAUUGGGCGAAGCCAGUUCGGCCUCGAUGGUGGUCUGGCGGAGCUCCCGACCCGUCUCGAGGAAGCCGGGGCGCCAUACGCACUCCAAGUCAGCCAAGGUAGGAAGCAAGUCGAACAAUCGAUCGAACGGAUUUGUCGUCUGCGGCUCGGUUGCGGCUCUGCAGUCGGAAGGAUGGCGCGCGUGACCAGAGGGAUGUGGGCGAUGGCGUUCGGCAAGAGAGAAGUGGCAGUGGAAGUGGGCCACGAGCUGAAGAGAGACUUGGGUGAAGCGGACGAUGAGAUCGGGUGCGUGGGCCCCUAUCUCGAGCUAGUCCUGCGGACCCGACUUCCGAACAAAAGGAUGGCCGAGCGGUCGAAUUCUACGUUGGACAAACUGGCCAAGAUGACGAUCGACUGGCUAUUGAUCAGAAGGGAACACGUGAUCCUGAACCUGAUCACCGGCCCUUCCCAGAGAAGCCUCCAGGAGACGAGCGAGAGGAAGAAGACCCUCAAGAUCAAAUGUCUCGAGCUCAGCCGAAUCCUCAACUUGGCCAUCCUCGAAUCCCAGCGCAAUCGCGAAUUGAACGCUCGCUCUACCAAACAAUCUGAUGAGGCCAUUCAAGCUGGAGAAGCAAGAGAAUUCGACCUUCGUACUGCAAUCGAGGAAUGUCAACGUUCUGUUUUCGUUAUUGAGAAUCAAACCUUUUGAUCUUCCGCUGGCCUCUUCCUGUUUCUUUCUUUUGUCUUACUCUCAAUAUUGAAGAGAAUAUAUAUAUAUGAAAAAACCAAGCUAGUAAAACGUUCAGUUAUUCUUGGGUAUUUUUAUUCUUCCUCUUAUAAAGAAAAAAAACUCAGUGACUUUUUUUUGGUUUAUUCAUUCUCAUUUAAUUUUUAAUUUUUAAUUUUUUUUUUUAAUUUUUUUUUUUUUUUGAUUUGACUGUUUCUCUAAACUCAUGAUCUCCAGGGUUUUCUUGGCUCUCAUAUGACUGAAAAAAAAAAAAAAACAAGAAGGGCAUUCUUUCAAGAUAUAACCUCAAGUUCCAGUCAUUCUUUUCCUCAUUUGUUGUUGUCUCCUGAUAUGCCGUGCUGCCGUGUUGUGUUGUGUUGUUUUUGUGUUUCUUUAUCCUCUCUAUUCUCUUUGCUCAUGAUCUACCUGAAAUAAAUAUUAAUAAAAUCUCAUGAUCAUUCGUUUCAGACGAUUA